GGACACACUUUUUGUGAUCAUAUAAAAACAUUGGCUUCUCCAAUCGCUUUCAGCUCUUAAAUUUUUAUUGAUUGUAUUCGAAGUGUGUUUCCCCAAAAUUUCGAAGCAUGUGGCGCUUCAGCAUCACGGUGCUGCUGCUUUUUGGUGUUUGUGUUGCUCCUUUCGCAACUGCGUUGACAACCGAACUGAAGGAAGAACCCCACUUUCUGGAAGGACUGAGCGUUUCACCACGGAGCGUGCAGUUCACGAACCGUUCGUUUUGCUUUUUUGCGACACCCGCACAGGAUCAAUCGAAGCGUGAUGAUCUAGCUACGUUGUGCAGUUUUGAUGGCGGCGCAACUGUAAAGGAGGCUAAAACAACGCACAGGAUUUGCUCGAGCGGUGCCUUCGUGGAUCAGCGCCUCUACUGCCCUCUUGAAGAGCUGCCACACGACGAAAAUGGAGAACUUAAGUUUUCAUCUGUGAUGUAUGCUGCUCAGGGUGACGAGCUAAUCGAGGAAGAAUCCGAAAAGUUCUUUCUGUUUAAGAGUGGUAAGCAGACUGGGGAGAUUAAGCAAAUUUUGUUUGACGGCAAUUCAAUCCAUUUCGAUGAAGAUGAUGACACUCAAAUACUUGUUUCGACCAUCGUAAACGACGCUGAGGAAAGAAAGGUGACAGUCUUUAAAUCUGAGGAAGGCCUGGUGUUUAGAGCUAUUGCCGUUAUUCCUGAUUUGGAAAAUGCUGACAGGCAUUAUCUUGUCUACGAGGGCGGUCGGAGACUGACGCUUCUGUCUGCGCACAAGAACUCCCUUUACACCAGCGUGUCCUCGGGCUACGCAGGGAGCUUCUGGUCUGCGUUAAAAGUGCUUAACGUGACUGCUCCGCCGUCAUCGGCGGCGUUUUCUUCAGGAGUAAUGAUGCAAUACGCGUGCUCGAACGAAACAUCACAGGCAGCCGGGUGGUAUCUUAUGGAGGAAGCUGCGAAACGUCCGUUAGCAUCAAACUCUACGAGUAUACCUGUUCUAAAGGCAGCCGCCGGUUCGCCGCUGCUUCUAUUUCCUGUAGCUUCUGUUGACAACACUAGGGAACUAAUUGUUGUCUAUGAUGAAUCUGGGUCCAAUAAGGUCGCUGGUGUCCGCCUCUCCGUUUACAAAGUUGAUGACUCCGCGGAAGAAAAGGAGAAGGCGGAGAAAAUUGCCAAAGAACGAGAUGAUAUGCUCAAGAGGGAUGCUGCGCGCUUCAAAGCGAAACUGGAACGCAUGGAGCGCGAGAAAGCACAGCGGCGAGAGCAGAGGCGUAAGGAACUAGAGCGCAAAAGAAAAUUUCUUAUUGACGAUGAGCCCAAUGUUCGUACAGCUAAGUCAUAUAUGGAUGCGGACGGCGAAAUGAUCAUUGUACGUCGCGUCCAGAGGCAAUCAAUCGCCUUAGAAAAGCAAGUGUUCUUCUCUGAUCUGUAA